GUGCUAGCUGAUGCAAUUGAUUUACCGUGCCGGAUUGCAAAAGGCUGCAAGUAUUGUAGAAGAGCUGAUGCUACAUCCUGUCUUGUUCGGUUUGGACUUGAUAGGGAGUAUCUUGUUGAGUUGGUUGGGAAGCCUGGAUACUUAUGCGAGCCAGAUUCCUUGCUUAAUGGUCCAUCUUCCAUCUCAAUUUCUUCACCAUUGCGCUUUCCGCGACCCAGAUUGGCUGAACCUACCAUUGAUUUCAGGUCACUGGCCAAACAGUAUUUCUCGGACUGCCAAUUACUUAAUCUUGUAUUUGAUGAGCCUACAGCAGAUGCUCAGGAUCCUGGAUUCUCAAUGUUUUCUAAGCAAUUUGACAAGGUUGGAGCAGAUAGAAACAAUCUUGUGCAGAUCUCAGAUAAAGUUGUUGAAAUUUCUCAGGCAUCUCUGCCACCCAAAUUUGUUCGGCCGAGUGCCCAGAACAGAGAUUCCCAACUCAUUAAAUCAUUUAAUCCUUCUCAAAACAUUCUACAGUCAACAAACAAUAUCAAAGAUUCGAUGCCUAAGCAUGUUGCUCCUGUUGGUCAUAGAGGUGUUCAACCGGUUUUAGCCUACUCUGAUCAAAGGGUUGACACUGUCAAAGAUUCAAGAUUUCCAGAAGGUGGUCAACUGGUUCCUAGCAAGCCAAAUAAAGAACUGUCCUUUGAUUUUGAAGAUUUGGACAUUCCCUGGAGUGAUCUUGUUUUAAAAGAGAGAAUUGGAGCAGGUUCAUUUGGAACUGUCCAUCGAGCUGAUUGGCAUGGUUCGGAUGUUGCUGUGAAGAUUCUCAUGGAACAAGAUUUUCAUGCAGAACGCUUCAAGGAGUUUCUUAGGGAGGUUGCCAUAAUGAAACGCCUCAGACAUCCAAAUAUUGUUCUUUUUAUGGGUGCCGUCACUCAACCACCAAACCUGUCUAUAGUGACGGAGUAUUUGUCAAGAGGUAGCUUGUAUAAGCUUUUGCACAAAUCUGUUGCAAGAGAGACUUUGGAUGAGAGGCGUCGCCUAAAUAUGGCUUAUGAUGUGGCAAAAGGAAUGAAUUAUCUUCAUAAACGCAAUCCUCCCAUUGUUCACAGAGAUUUGAAAUCUCCAAAUCUCUUGGUUGAUAAGAAGUAUACAGUGAAGGUUUGUGAUUUUGGUCUUUCUCGAUUGAAAGCAAACACAUUCCUUUCAUCAAAGUCCGCAGCUGGAACUCCUGAGUGGAUGGCACCAGAAGUUCUCCGUGAUGAACCAUCGAAUGAGAAGUCAGACGUGUACAGCUUUGGUGUAAUUUUAUGGGAGCUUGCUACAAUGCAACAACCCUGGAGCAAACUAAAUCCAGCACAGGUUGUGGCGGCUGUUGGUUUCAAGAGCAAAAGGCUUGAGAUUCCACGCGACUUAAAUCCACAAGUAGCUGCAAUAAUCGAGGCUUGCUGGGCUAAUGAGCCUUGGAAGCGACCUUCCUUCGCCACUAUCAUGGACUUGUUGAGGACAUUGAUCAAAGCUCAUACACCUCAAUCAGGCCAUGCGGACAUGUCGUUAGUUACAUAAGGGCUGGAACAUCUGAGUAGUCUUUAUUUCUGCACAUAAUACUGCAUUCUUUUUGAGAUUGAUGCCAGGGAGGGACGCAUGCUGGUUAGAUAGUUCAAGAAUUGUUGUUGUACAUUUAUGUUCUCAUAGUCGAUUGGAGGUUCUAAUUCUUUAACAUGACUAAAGAAUCGCAAUUCAAGGAUUUACAACUUUUCAUCACAUGUUUGGCGGAAGAAAUUGUAUAAUACCCCUCUCUCAUAAUUUUGUAAAUGAAGAUUGUAAAAUUAGUUAAUGAGAAGCAGAUUCC